AUGCAAUUAUUUUCGGAUUAUUACAGAGACCUAAGCCAUAAUCAAAUCUCCACAAUCGGUCCAAAAACACUGAGAGGAGUUUCAUCUUUAAAAUACUUGCAACUAGACAACAACGUUUUAACUUGCAUCGACGAGGCAUCGAUACGAGAGUUGAAGGAUUUAGAAAUACUGCUGUUGAACAACAACAAACUGACCACACUGGGAACAGAAAUAUUGGGCUUCUCGCAUUUGCGAACACUGAAGCUGCUGGACAACCCGCUGUCCUGUGACUGCCAUUUGUCCUGGCUCUCGCUCUAUUUAAGAUCUUCUUCACGGCUUGGUCAAAACACGCGUUGCGCCUCCCCGAUCAAUUUAAAGGAUCGAAACAUCGUCGACAUACAGAUGCACGAGUUCAAGUGUUCCGGGCCGGUCGAGCGCACGGGUUCGGAGUGCAGCGUGGAACCGCAAUGCCCGCAUCCUUGCAAAUGCGCCGGCGGUAUCGUCGACUGUCGAGAGAAUUCUUUGACGAAAGUGCCCACCUAUCUUCCCGAGGACACGACCGAACUACGUUUGGAGCAGAACAUCAUCACGGAAAUCCCGCCGAAGGCUUUCUCCCCGUACAGAAAACUGAUCAGAAUUGACCUCAGCAACAAUCAAAUCAAAAAGAUUGCGGCCGACGCGUUCCACGGUUUGAAAUCUCUCGAAUCGCUAGUGUUGUACGGGAACAAGAUCGGCGAGCUGCCCAGUGGAGUGUUUCAAGGAUUGACUAAUCUACAAUUACUGUUGCUGAACGCGAACGAGAUAUCCUGCAUACGCACCGAUCUGUUCUCGGAUCUGACCAGCCUAACGCUGUUGUCGCUGUACGAUAACAAAAUCAGAUCCCUGGCCAAUGGAACUUUCGCCAAUCUACGAAGCAUUGAAACGCUACAUUUGGCAAGGAACCCGUUCAUCUGCGACUGCAAUCUGCGAUGGCUGAACGCGUACCUUCAAGCGCAUCCUAUCGAAACGUCCGGGGCGAAGUGCGAGUCGCCGAAGAGGACGCUGAAGCGGAAGAUCGAUUCGAUGCGAGAAGACAAGUUCAAAUGCGACGAGGAGCUCUUGACGAAGAGGGCCGGCGAGUGUAUCCUGCCUGGAGAGUGUCCAGAGCCAUGCGUCUGCAACGGGGCUACCGUCGACUGUUCUAACAAGAAGCUAACAUCGAUACCGGAGGAGCUGCCGAUCUACACGUCCACCCUACUGUUGGCCAACAAUGAGCUGGACAAGAUCAAAGCGGACGGCCUCUUCAAGAAGCUGCCAGAGUUGCAGCAUCUGGACCUGAGGAGGAACAAAAUAUCUCGGAUCGAGGCGUCCGCCUUCCAGGGCGCGCACAAGCUCACCGACCUACUCCUGUCGGAGAACAGGCUGAGGGAAGUUCACAACAAGAUGUUCACCGGUCUGACGAAUCUUAAGACCCUGAACCUGCACAGGAACGCUAUAACCUGCGUUAUGCACGGCGCGUUCGACGGAUUGACGCACAUACGCACCAUCAACAUGCAAGACAAUCCUUUGUCGUGUAAUUGUCAUCUCGCGUGGUUCGCCGGAUGGCUGAGGAAACGCGACAUGUCUGGCGUCGUCGGCCACUGCCACGAUCCGCCGCGAUUGAAGGACGCGGUCAUCAAGAACAUACCGCAUCACGAGUUCAAAUGCAAUAACGAUAGUGUCGGCUGCCUGGGCGACGAUUAUUGUCCGCCUCAGUGUAAUUGCGCUGGAUCGGUGGUAAGGUGCUCGAGGUCUCAGCUUACGGAGAUUCCACGCGGGAUUCCGCCGGAAACCACCGAGCUGUAUUUGGACGAGAACGACAUACAAACGAUCCAGCCGGAGAGGCUGAACCACCUGAGGAUUCUCACUCGACUUGACCUGAGCAAUAAUCAGAUCGGAAUGCUGUCGAACGAUACUUUCAAGAACCUGACCAAAUUAUCACAUCUAAUCAUCAACUAUAAUAAACUGCAGUGCGUCCAGCGCAACGCCCUGGUCGGAUUAAAAUCGCUACGAAUAAUGUCCCUGCACGGUAACGACAUAUCCGUGAUCCCGGAGGGCGCGUUCGAGGACCUCCAAUCUAUAUCCCACCUCGCUCUCGGGUCCAACCCGCUGUACUGCGACUGCAGCAUGCGAUGGUUGGCCGAAUGGGUGAAGAAAGAUUACCUGGAACCAGGGAUAGCGAAAUGCAUGGAACCACCGGCGAUGAGGGACAAGCUGCUGCUGACGACCCCGGCGGCCGAGUUCCAAUGCAAAACCAACCAACAGCCAGCCGAAGUCCUGGCCAAGUGCGACCUGUGCUACACCUCGCCAUGCGAGAACGGAGGAUUUUGCGAGACGUUCCCGGACCGGAAAUACCGUUGCAAAUGCACGCCAGGAUAUCACGGGGACCGGUGUGAACAUAAAAUCGAUGCGUGCUAUGGAAAUCCUUGCCGGAACACCGGAACUUGUAAAGUAUUGGAAGAAGGAAGAUUCAGUUGCGACUGCGCCCCCGGGUACAAGGGACUUCGAUGCGAAAACAACGUCGACGAUUGCGAGAACAACAAGUGCACGAACAACGCAACCUGCGUUGACCUUGUACAAGCCUACAGAUGCGAGUGCACCCCAGGAUUCAUGGGCAAAUACUGCGAGGAGAAAAUACCCUUUUGCACAAAAGGACACGACCCCUGCGAGAACGGGGGCCGAUGCGUCGACCACGGGACCCACUAUAGCUGCGAAUGCCCAAUCGGCUUCACCGGCCUCAAUUGUUCCACCAACCUGGAUGACUGCGUUGAUCAUAUGUGCCAGAACGGUGCUACUUGCAUCGACGGCAUAAACAAUUACGAAUGUAAGUGCGCGGCGGAAUACACGGGGAGAUAUUGCGAGGCGGCACCCUCGACAGCCAUGCUCUACCCGCAAACUAGUCCAUGUGCACACCAUGACUGUCAGCACGGUGCAUGCUUCCAACCAGCUCCCGCUUCCGCCGCGGACUAUCUUUGCCAGUGCCACCCCGGCUACACCGGAAAACGAUGCGAGUACCUGACGAGUUUGAGCUUCGUGGACAACAGCUCGCUGGUCGAGCUGGAGCCGCUACGCACGAGGCCCGAGGCGAACGUGACCAUCGUAUUUACGACUACGCAGGAGAACGGGGUUCUCCUCUACAACGGCCAGAACGGCGACCACAUCGCCGUCGAAUUGUUCAGUGGCCGUGUCAGAGUCUCAUACGACGUCGGUAAUUACCCGACCUCGACUAUGUACAGUUACGAAAUGGUAGCCGACGGUAAACCCCACGUGGCCGAGCUUCUCGCGAUCAAGAAGAACUUCACGAUGAGGGUUGACCGCGGUCCUGCUAGGAGCAUAAUCAACGAAGGUCCCAAGGAAGACCUGAAACUUGUCGCGCCUAUGUAUGUCGGCGGCGUCGCACCUGAAAUCGCCAAUAUUGCCUUUACGGAGUUUCAUCUAAGGAACAUCACCAGCUUUCAAGGCUGCAUCUCCGAGAUGUGGAUCAAUCACAAGUUGGUAGACUUCAACAACGCGGCAAAGAUACAUCGCGUCACCCCUGGUUGCGCGUCGAACGAAGAAGAAGCUGACGAGGCGCGAGACGUCGUGGAACCAGAGGGGAUUGUGGGUAGCAACGGCAGCAACGAGGAAUCGAUGCCGCAAGAGAACAUGGCUCACGAACAUUCCGACAUCCUUGUAAUUGAGUCCGGCACGAUAAUUUCCGAUCCUUGUGCGGGACACGAGUGCAAAAAGCGUUCGCAGUGCGUGCCAUCGCCGAUCGGAAACGGAUACACGUGUCGGUGUCAAACUGGAUGGCAAGGACGGUAUUGUGAGAAAGCACCGACGUGUCGCAAGGAGCACACUAGAGAGUAUUAUAGCGAGAACGGAUGUCGGAGUCGACGACCAGUGAAGCUUGCCAAGUGUUGGGGUAGCUGCGGCAACUCCUGCUGCCUGCCACGGAAAACAAAACGACGCAAGGUGCGACUGAUCUGCGCGGACGGUAUAAGGUACACGAAGGACGUCGAUCUGGUGCGCAAGUGCACGUGCACCCGGAAAUGUUACUAGCCAGGACCGAGGUACGUCGAGCGCCACAGGUGAUCCAUAAAUACGCGUCGAGACGUAUCGAGACCGAGAGGAAACCCCCGAGAACCGAGACAGUGUCCCAAUUCGAACUUUGUGCGCUCACCGGCGAUGUGGCGAGAAACGAGGGUCGCGCAUCGAACAGGACGAGGCCGCGCCCUCGUCGCAUCCUCGCGUGAAGCGUGACGAAUGCCAUUGGGGCCAGCGCGGUACUGCCAGGCCGAAAAUAUUUCCGAAACUAAAGAUAACUAUGGAUAUAUAUAUA